AUGAACAUAUCUUGGUUCAUACAAGUUUAACGGCAUACCUUAUUACAUCGUGUACUUAAAAUUCUACUGCAUUAUAAACUCGUUUAGUAUGUUAAGCGUUCUACACCGUAGCACAAAUAACGUACAAACGUAAACAUGCCCUAGUUGCGUGACGAUCAUUUUUCUAUCAUGUUUAUUGAUUUACGGAUGUUGUAAACACGUGCUUUUUCAUUGUGUAGAUGACAUAUACUAUGGAAUUAUCAAUCAAUAUUAAUUUAUAGAUAUGUAUUUAGUUUAAAGUGGUUAUAUAACGAGAAAGGUUUACAGUUAGUAAUGACAGUGACUAGUCAGGAGGACAGUGAUAAAGAACGUUUCUAUGAUAUUCCGAGUCAAGAUACAUCACUUAAUACCGAGCAUGACGAGCAUGACGUGUUCAGUGAAAGAAGUUCAUUACUAGGGCGGGGUCGGCAGACGACACGAACGCCAUCCAUUUAUAGGUCAAGGUCGUUAUCGAUUUCGUCAUCUCGGAUUGAUUCACAGAGUUCUACCUUAUCAAUAUGGACGUUGACUCGAACACAGAAGAUUGUCUUAGCAACAACAUCCAUCGUGGACUUGCUUUCUUUCCUCAGCAUGUCUAUAAUGGCUCCAUUUUUCCCGGAAGAGGCUUUAAAGAAAGAUGUGAGUGAUACAUUAUCCGGUUGGAUAUUUGGAACAUCACCAUUUGUUCAGUUCCUGGCGUCUCCUUUUAUAGGCAAGUUGAUGCCCCACGCUGGUGUAAAAUUUAUGUCUAUAGCAGGGAUGUUCAUAUUCAGUGGAUGUACCAUAUUAUUUGGGUAUAAUUCAAUAAUGAUUUGAUAGAUCAUUAGUUUAUCAUAGUACGAACGCUCACAGAAACCGGAAUA